AUGAGUGAACGGGCCCAUAAACGAUUAAGAACGACACCAGGAAUGGUCGAAACUCCGGCCGUUCUCUCCACUCUACCGUUGGACAAUUUACUAUGUGAGGUUCACCGUCUCCUGGGACCGACGUGGUGCUUGGCGCCGUAUAACACGCUUUUGCCUUCAUAUCUGAAGCCUCCUUCUUCCAAGAUUCAGGCUGAGGAUUUGAACUUCCUGAUACGGAAGGGUGCGCUUGAUAUUCCGCCUGCUGCAUUGCGUGAGGAGAUUCUGAAGGCUUAUAUUCGGCAUGUUCAUCCUCAUAUGCCGUUUUUGGAUCUUAAUGUCUUCUCGGAUGCUAUCUUCAACAGUCAUGUGGGGAGUAAUGGGCAGGAUGGAAUAAGUCUGCUUUUAUUUCAGGCUGUCAUGUUUGCUGGAGCGUUCUUUGUUGACUUGAAGCAUCUCUACGCCGCCGGGUUCCUGUCUCGGCGAAAUGCAUUGGAAAUUCUUUUUGAAAGAGCUAGGGUAAGAGAUAUAAUCAAUAUUGGCAAAAAGGUUUUUGGAAGGGCGUGGACUAAUACUUUGCAGACGCUUCACGAUUUUGAUAGUGAGGAUGAUGAGCUCGCUAUUGUGCAGAGCCUUCUACUCAUGACAUAUUGGUACGAGAACCCGCAGCGGAACAAAGACGGGAGACACUGGAUCAGCGUGUGUAUAUCACUUGCAUGCAAAAUUAGUCUCCAUCUUGAGUCAUCAAAACUACUAGUAGGAGAUUCUUCUCAAAAGUUCCAUAGUCUUCUAUGGUGGAGUAUAUUCACUCGCGACAGAAUGAUUGCAUUCGGGUUACAGCAGCCACCACUUAUCAAAAAUGAAGUCUAUCUCCCAAUGGAUGUUCCGACUGCUGAAAGUUUGGGUAUAUUCAAUCUUCAAUCAUUCAGAGGGUACGCUGGUGGAUGUUAUAAAGCAAAUCGCGAAUCACUCGGAUGCAUAUUCAUUGAGAAAAUCAAGCUUUGUCGCUGUAUCCGGGAUGAUAUGUUUUCCUGGGACGCACAGAAGAAAAGACCUGUUGGUAGUCCCAGUCAUGCUGAGUCUCGGAAAGAGAGUCUUCUGGCGUCGAAAGAAGGUCUCCAAACAUGGCGUGAAGAGCUACCGUCCAAAAUCAAGUUCCAACCAAAGCACUUCCUCCCACCCAACGACGGUGAACUCAUCUUCCACAUACACUGUGCAUGGCUAUGGAUGGCUUACAAUGACAUACACAGCACAGUACACCGGCAGCUGGAAUUCCUAUCUGAAGACUCUGACAGUCCACGUCAACUCUCACUAAGUACAUCCGAGAGCCCGGUUCUCAGUGGGGCAGUCGAAAUGACAGAAGUGGCUCAUGAUCUCUGUCAAAAGCACCUGAUACACUACCUACCAUGCAGCAGUGUUCCAAUGAUUCUACGCGCGGGAAUCAUUCAUAUCCAGCGGAUGUGUACCGGAGAUGCUGAGAUAGAGCGAUCAGGUCUCAAGGGUCUUUUGCAGUGUCUUUCAGCACUGAAGCAGUUGAGCAGAGUUUACGGAUCUGCUCUUUUUCUUGUUUCUAUUCUUGGAGGGGAGCAAACCGAGGCAUUGAAUUCAUCGACUCCGAAAGAUAUCUUGAAGAAAUUUGAUAUAGAGACUCUAGAUCGGCUUACUUUGGGGUUUGCUGAGUCUUCGAGUCCAACUAUAUUGAAGAUUAGAGAACCCUAUGAUGUGGAUGUGAUUGCGCAGCUCAAAUCCCGGAGGACUGAUCUUUGCUAUUGA